GCAUAGAGCCGGCCGAGGGGGCUGUCGAUGACCAGGUGGAGAAUGUCGAGCCCAGGGAGAGUGCUGCAGUCGCGGUCCUGGAGGAGGGAGAAAAGUUGGCGGUGCCAGAGAUCGAGAGUGGUGCACCGGAUUCCAUGCAUGCGACAGAUCCCAUGGUGGAGGACACACAGAGAGCAUCUCCUGCCAGUGAAGACAUUCACGAGGUCGUGGAAGACGAGCAAACCAAAGUCGAUGUGCCACAGCGAGUUACCGAACGCGAGGUUGAGCUUCCCAUUCCAGUAGAACAACUCCAAGAGUCGGCGAAGGAAGCCCUCCAGGAGCCACAGCCUGUGGCUGAGGCCGUUCCUGGGCCAGAGGCCGUGCCUGAGGCUGCUGAGGAACCUGCCCAGGAGGUGGAACUGGCCGAGCCACUCGUAGCUCAAGUACCAACCACCACAGUGGAUGCCGUCUUACACGCACAUGAGGAAAUCGAGGCCAAAGAGAGCAUAGAGCCGGCCGAGGGGGCUGUCGAUGACCAGGUGGAGAAUGUCGAGCCCAGGGAGAGUGCUGCAGUCGCGGUCCUGGAGGAGGGAGAAAAGUUGGCGGUGCCAGAGAUCGAGAGUGGUGCACCGGAUUCCAUGCAUGCGACAGAUCCCAUGGUGGAGGACACACAGAGAGCAUCUCCUGCCAGUGAAGACAUUCACGAGGUCGUGGAAGACGAGCAAACCAAAGUCGAUGUGCCACAGCGAGUUACCGAACGCGAGGUUGAGCUUCCCAUUCCAGUAGAACAACUCCAAGAGUCGGCGAAGGAAGCCCUCCAGGAGCCACAGCCUGUGGCUGAGGCCGUUCCCGGGACAGAGGCCGUGCCUGAGGCUGCUGAGGAACUUGCCCAGGAGGUGGAACUGGCCGAGCCACUCGUAGCUCAAGUACCAACCACCACAGUGGAUGCCGUCUUACCCGCACACGAGGAAAUCGAGGCCGAAGAGAGCAUAGAGCCGGCCGAGGGGGCUGUGGAUGACCAGGUGGAGAAUGUCGAGCCCAGGGAGAGUGCUUCAGUCGCGGUCCUGGAGGAGGGAGAAAAGUUGGCGGUGCCAGAGAUCGAGAGUGGUGCACUGGAUUCCAUGCAUGCGACAGAUCCCAUGGUUGAGGACACACAGAGAGCAUCUCCUGCCAGUGAAGACAUUCACGAGGUCGUGGAAGACGAGCAAAGCAAAGUUGAUGUGCCACAGCAAGUUUCCGAACGCGAGGUUGAGCUUCCCAUUCCAGUAGAACAACUCCAAGAGUCGGCGAAGGAAGCCGUCCAGGAGCCACAGCCUGUGGCUGAGGCCGUUCCCGGGACAGAGGCCGUGCCUGAGGCUGCUGAGGAACUUGCCCAGGAGGUGGAACUGGCCGAGCCACUCGUAGCUCAAGUACCAACCACCACAGUGGAUGCCGUCUUACCCGCACACGAGGAAAUCGAGGCCGAAGAGAGCAUAGAGCCGGCCGAGGGGGCUGUGGAUGACCAGGUGGAGAAUGUCGAGCCCAGGGAGAGUGCUUCAGUCGCGGUCCUGGAGGAGGGAGAAAAGUUGGCGGUGCCAGAGAUCGAGAGUGGUGCACCGGAUUCCAUGCAUGCGACAGAUCCCAUGGUGGAGGACACACAGAGAGCAUCUCCUGCCAGUGAAGACAUUCACGAGGUCGUGGAAGACGAGCAAACCAAAGUCGAUGUGCCACAGCAAGUUUCCGAACGCGAGGUCGAGCUUCCCAUUCCAGUAGAAGAACUCCCAGAGUCGGCGAACGAAGUCGUCCAGGAGCCACAGCCUGUGGCUGAGGCCGUUCCCGGGCCAGAGGCCGUGCCUGAGGCUGCUGAGGAACCUGCCCAGGAGGUGGAACUGGCCGAGCCACUCGUAGCUCAAGUACCAACCGCCACAGUGGAUGCCGUCUUGCCCGCACACGAGGAAAUCGAGGCCGAAGAGAGUAUAGAGCCGGCCGAGGGGGCUGUGGAUGAGCAGGUGGAGAAUGUUGAGCCCAGGGAGAGUGCUUCAGUCGCGAUCCUGGAGGAGGGAGAAAAGUUGGCGGUGCCAGAGAUCGACAGUGGUCCACCGGAUUCCAUUUCUGCGACAGAUCCCAUGGUGGAGGACACACAGGGAGCAUGUCCUGCCAGUGAAGACAUUCACGAGCUUGUGGAAGAGGAGCAAACCAAAGUCGAUGUGCCACAGCAAGUUUCCGAACGCGAGGUCGAGCUUCCCAUUCCAGUAGAAGAACUCCCAGAGUCGGCGAAGGAAGCCGUCCAGGAGCCAGAGCCUGUUUCUGAGGCCGUUCCCGGGCCAGAGGCCGUGCCUGAGGCUGCUGAGGAACCUGCCCAGGAGGUGGAACUGGCCGAGCCACUCGUAGCUCAAGUACCAACCGCCACAGUGGAUGCUGUCUUACCAGCACACAAGGAAAUCGAGGCCGAAGAGAGCAUAGAGCCGGCCGAGGUGGCUGUGGAUGACCAGGUGGAGAAUGUCGAGCCCAGGGAGAGUGCUUCAGUCGCGAUCCUGGAGGAGGGAGAAAAGUUGGCGGUGCCAGAGAUCGACAGUGGUGCACCGGAUUCCAUUUCUGCGACAGAUCCCAUGGUGGAGGACACACAGGGAGCAUGUCAUGCCAGUGAAGACAUUCACGAGCUUGUGGAAGAGGAGCAAACCAAAGUCGAUGUGCCACAGCAAGUUUCCGAACGCGAGGUCGAGCUUCCCAUUCCAGUAGAAGAACUCCCAGAGUCGGCAAACGAAGCCGUCCAGGAGCCAGAGCCUGUUGCUGAGGCCGUUCCCGGGACAGAGGCCGUGCCUGAGGCUGCUGAGGAACCUGCCCAGGAGGUGGAACUGGCCGAGCCACUCGUAGCUCAAGUACCAACGGCCACAGUGGAUGCCGUCUUACCCGCACACGAGGAAAUCGAGGCCGAAGAGAGCAUAGAGCCGGCCGAG